AUGCCCCUUUCCAAUACCGACGUUUCCUCCAAACUCGGCCCCUCCACCAAGAAGUCCAUCUUCGAGCGACAAAAAGCAGAGGCAGAAGCAAAGAAGGCCCGAGAGAAAGCCGAGACAGCAGCUGUGCUUGAAGAUUUUGUGAAGAGUUUUGAAGACGAUGGGAACCAGACAUCGGGCUUCUCUUCAAAGCGAGGCUCUGGAGGCGAAAAUCGAGGAGGGUUUGGCUCUGGUGGUAGCAACCACGGUCCCCCUGGCCCGGGCAAGCGCCAUUUCACAAGUUCGGGCUUGAAGAGUGGUCCCGGUAGUCUGGGGCCGAGUCCUCCAUUACCAAAGCGUGGUCCGGGUAGCUUGGGACCAGCGCCGGGAUUCGGAAGAAAGAGACACUAUGAUGAAUACUCGGGACGCGAUCGGGACCGAGACCGCGACCGCGACCGCGACAGGAGGGAUAGGGUGUUUUCCUACAGUGACGGCAGAGAUGUGGACAACGGGAAGGAUUCCCAUGGGUUUGCCCAAGAUGAGGAGGAGGAUACACGGGACACAGAAGAACUCAAGGCCGCUGCGAAACCCACACUGCAUCUCGCCUCUCUCCCACCUGAGACAUCCCCUGCGGUCGUCAAGGCCCUAUUCACCCCCUCCCCAUUGACUGUCGAAGGUGUUCGCAUCCUUCCGUCUGCACCAGGGUCAGCCACUGAAAGAAAAUCGACCUCGGCCAUCGUCACGCUUGCUGCUGAAACCCCAGCAGCAGAUAUUGAAACCAUGGUCUCUCAUCUCCAGAACAAAUACCUCGGUUUUGGCUUCAACCUCUCGAUAUCUCGCCAUCUUUCUUCCGCAGCCUUAACCGGCAUGAACUCGUUAAGCAACAACACUCCGUCGGCGAACUUGAACAAUCUCCCCUUUGGUGCGAAACCGGUGCCACAGCACACAUCUUUAUCCCGUGCUCCUCCCCCGGCCCAAGCAGGUGCUGGUAACCGCUUCGCUCCUCCGACUUCAUACACCUCAUCGACACCCUACGGUCCUCGAUCGAGCAUGCCCCCCACACAAGUCACCGUACAGGCCCCGAAUGAUCUCAGGCAACUCCGUCUAAUCCACAAAACCAUCGAAGCUCUUCUGACUUAUGGUCCUGAAUUCGAAGCGCUGCUCAUGUCCCGGCCGCAAAUUCAGCGUGACGAACAAUGGGCUUGGCUAUGGGAUUCAAGAUCAACGGGCGGAGUGUAUUAUCGUUGGCGUCUCUGGGAGAUCCUCACCGACUCCAAAUCGCGUCGUAGACAACGCUAUACCGCGUACGGGAUGCGACAACCACAAGGUGACAUUUUAUUCGAGGGACAAUCAACUUGGAUACCUCCGGAAGAGGACCUCAAGUUCGAAUACACCACCCGUCUCGAGGAAUUCAUUUCUGAUGACGACUACAAUUCUUCAGACGAAGAAGGCAUCGAUGACGACAAUAGAGGAGGGGGACUAGCUAGACGGUAUCAUGAUCACCAAAAACUCGCCAACGUCAGUGACUCAACGGCCGACAAUGACGGCACAGGUUAUCUUAACCCGCUUGCGAAGACGAAACUCAUUCAUCUACUUAGUCGCCUGCCAGAAACAAAUGCAAGACUGCGCAGGGGCGAUGUUGCGCGAGUCACGGGAUUUGCAAUCGAGCACGCCGGGGCUGGCGCAGAUGAAGUCGCAGAAUUGGUCACGAGGAAUGUGGUUAGGCCGUUUUGCUACAGCGUGAAGAGACCAAAAGGAGAUACAGACGACGAGGACGACCGUCAUGACGAUGAGAACGGCGACGACAUGCCAAAGGACUGGGGAGAUAGGGAGCCGCCCAAAACAGAAGCACCAGAUCAACGCUCCAAACCCAGGGAAAAGGAUACGACCCCAGCUUCGCUGAUAGGCUUGUAUCUCAUAAGCGACAUCCUCUCAGCCUCUUCGACCUCGGGCGUGCGGCACGCAUGGCGCUACCGCUCUCUCUUCCAACAUCAUCUUCUCGCCCAGAACGUCCUGCCCGUGCUGGGCAAGAUCCCACAAAAGUACGAGUGGGGCAAGCUCAAGGCCGAGAAGUGGAAGAGGCAGGUGCAAGUGGUCUUGGGACUGUGGGAAGGGUGGUGCGUGUUCGAAGAAGCGAGGAUGAAAGAGAUGGUCGAGGGGUUCUUGCAUCCGCCUCUGAGCGAGGAGGAAGAAAAGGCCAAGGCCAAGGCUGAACAAGAUGCUGAAAGAGAGAAACAAAAGGAAAGAGAUAAGGCUGCUGGAGGUGUGAGCCGUUGGCGCAGCGUGGGGGCGGAUGCUGGUGCCAACGGGAAUGUCGGACUUGAUGAUGGCAAAGCCACAGCUUCUGUCUCUGCCUCUGCCGAAGCGAAGCCUGCAGCAGCCAAUGACGGCGACGUGGAGAUGGACAUGGACGGAACACCCAUGGCCGAGGACGACUUGGGUGACGACGAGGCCGGGAUCGACGACCCAGACGAAGAAGACGGCGACACAGUCCUGACGGACGAGAACAUCGACGGCGUGCCAAUGGCGGACAGCAGCGACGAUGACGAACAGGCACCUGCAGACCACGACCACCUGCAAGGACGAGGACAAGCACAAAAAGAUGGUGGUGGAGCGACCGGUGCGGACCAAGCUCGUAGACUGGGGGAGCAGCAGCAGCAGCUCCAGUCUGAGUCUCGGGACGAAAAGGACGGCGGCAGCCCCUCCUCAAAAACACAAGCCUUGGUGGACGCACCGCGAGAGAUGCAGGUGCAAGGACACACAGAAGCUGAAGCCGAAGCCGGUCCUGCCCACCGCUCGCAGGCGACAAUCAAGCCCAGUGCUGCAAAUGUGCCUCCACUACCAACGACCACGACGACGACUCCCCAAGGCCGCAGAGUCCGUCCGAAAGCCGUGGAUUUCGAUGACAUGUUUGAGUAG